GCAGAGCAGAUCCAUCCGAGCGGCGCACAUCGGGAACCGGCCUGGGAGGUUUCUUCUUCGCUCUUCCAAAUAGUUGUAUAAAAAUGUUUAAAAAGUAUAUUCGGUUUAUAUGUCUAUCUUUAUCUUUUUCAUGUUUAUUGAUUAAUGACAAACACAUGUCCGCAAUAAUUAGUUAAUUCACAUUUAGCAUAAAAAAUAAACACUUGUUCGCAUUAAUUGUUUUUGUAAUGUUUAUUAAUUGGUUAUUUUUUAUAUUAAUUAGUUUGAUAAUCGAAUUUGGUAUGCUUCGUGUUUUUAAUGAAAAAUAAACAACAAAUUCUGAAAUCUAGGAAUGUAAAAACUAUUGAAUUAUCAUAGUAAUAAAAUUAAUGAAAUAGUUAGGAUGAGUGAAAAGUGAAAGUAAAUACUGUAGUAACAGUUUAAAAUAGGUAAAUUAUGUUAUGUACUUCUAUUUUAAUAGAAUAAAUUGAUUGAGGGGACUUUUAUGCCAUGUGUCUCAUGGUGUACAUAUAGAUAUGCCCAAUUGAAUAUCACCACUCCUCAGUUGGUUAUCACCUCUGUUCGGAAACUCGCUACGCGCUAUCCGUGCGGCAAUCAUGGGCCUAGCGAGUUACUGAAAAAUCGGAGAGUACGCGGGGAGUAAUUUUUAAUAAAUUAUUAAUUUUAAAUAUACAAAAAUAUAUUUACCAACUUAAAUCAUGUAUCAUAAUUUUGGUUUUUCAUUCAUAUAUGUCAUAUGUGAAAUUUUGUGCAUAUACCAUGGUCUAAACUUGAGAAUGAGAAAAAAAAAAGUUUCUUACAAAUAUAAAUUAUUAGUUUUAGAGAAUCCCUUUGAAUCAAUGGUCUUGGAGAAAGACAAAAACUAACGUCUCUAAAAAGACACAUGGACCGAGUUAAUGGGAACUAGAACCCAUUAAAAAUAUUUAAUGGGCUUAUUUGCCAAAUAACAAACAAAAAAAGUAAUUAGAUUUUUAGUAAAAGGUUAGAGAGAGAUAGGAAGAGAAAUAAAGAGAGAGAUGGUGUUUUGGUUAGAUAGUAAGUUUGUGUUUUCUUAUGGUUAUAGGGGCAAAUUUUCCAAUAUUUAAGCCCAGAUAAAAAUAAAACCCUAACAAAAAUAAAAUAGUCACACCACUUUCUUCUAACUCCUCUUUUCCAUCUUCCAUUGUUUUAUGGAAAAUGAAGACUGUGAAACCAAUAAGCAGAGAUGGUGAAAAAGAGAAGAAAUCAAAAGUUUUGUGUAAACCAAAACACUAUCUCAACCCAAAUCGUACAGAUGGGAACGCAAUAUAACCGACUUUAACUCACACGAUUUUCAAAUUCUACUACCGCAUAACACAAAAAUACGUUCUAAGCGGAUAUAACUCGGUCUGGCGUAGAACCCAACUGUAUUGGCUCAACUCGCCACGGUGAGCAUACGUUUCACAAGCGGCUCGGCCCCCGCAAUUUAGAACAGGGGUUAUCACCACAUUUUCAAAUACUCAUGCAUCCAAGUUAAAAUAAAUAAGUUAUGUUAUGUACUUCUAUUUUUAUUUCUAAAAAUAUAAAUUGUAAGACAAAUUUGAAGUAAUUAAAAUCAAUUUUGUUUCUAAUAUCCAAAAAUUACACAUGAAAACAAUCUUAAGAUUUACUACAAUCUUUAUAUAAAGUAUAAUUAAUUCAGCCAAUUUUUAAAAAUAAAUAUAAAACAUCAUUGGUCACACAUUUUUCAAUCAAACUAAGAUUAAUAUAAAAAUAUCAAAGCAACAUCUAAUUUGAAACAUCAAAAACUCUCCAAAACAUCAUUUAUUUUGGAACUUGGGGAAUAAUGUUUAUUCAUUGAUCCAUUAUUUUCGUUUGGUAUGACAUAUUGAUGUUUUGUUUGUGGAAAACAACAUAGUUAAUAUUUUCUUUUAUUUACGUAAUCAACAUAUGGCUACUUAUAAUUUUUAGAUAAUUCCAAAUUUGUGGAAACUUAACAUAUUAUUAGAUGUUUAAUAAGUUAAGAGAUAAAUACAAUAAGAAAAUCUAGAAAUAGGAAAAUGAAGUUUUCUAUUAGAUUAAGUUUGUGUUUUCUAUAUCUCACGUGUUAAAAAAUUGUCAUUCAUAUAAAAGGUUUCAUGCAGAGGUGUUCCAAAGGAGAUCUAAGAGAAGCAUUGAAAGCUUUAGUUUUGAGUAGUUUCUAAUGCUAAUAAGAAAAUUUGUUCUUAUAAUUCUGUGUUUCUAGAGAGUUUAGAGAUUUGAGUAAUAAUAAUGAUAAUACAGAUGUUUUUAUAAAUCAUGCUUCAGUAUUUCGGUUUAAUGUUUUGCAUGAACUAAGAAAAACGGUAAAUUUCUAAAAGUAAAGAAAUAAUGUAUAUGAAACAUGGAAGUAUAACCUAUGACAAAGGUUUUUUUUUUUUGCUAAAUUUUGGUGAGGAACAAAAAAUUCGAUCGUAUAUGAUAUAUGUUUUGAUAUAGUAAAGAAUACAUGUUCCACGUAAAUACACCCAGUCAUCUAACACUACUAAAAGCUCAAUAUACUGAGCAGAUAGCUAUGACACGUAGGAUAGUUUAUUUGAGCCAAUCAGAAACCUGUAUUUUGCCACAUCAGACUGUUUCACGGAUUAAUCCGUCCAAAGUCACGGGCCUCAGGGUUUGUUUUUUUUUUCCGUCCAAAGUCGAGCAGUUUAACGCGUGGGCUACGUGAUUGGUAUUUGGGCUUUAUCAGAUUGCCAUUUGGGCUUCGACGGAGAUCGUAAAAUAAUACAUAGCCGUCGAGAGAUGGUGAUUCUUCUCACCCGUACCUCUUCGUCUUCUCCGAUCGAAAAGCAACGAAUCCGAUAACUAAGCGAUCCACAAUGAAUACUUCCGUGCUAAUCAAUCAAUACCUCCUUAAUGAUUUCGUUUCACAUCCCUCUUUUCCUCCUCUUUUAUAUGCAGUUCUUCUUUUCUUCGUACUAACUAAAACCCUAGAACCACUCAGAUCUCAAACCAUGGCGAUGAAAAGAAAUGGAAAGUCUCCUGUCUCAUCCGACACUGACGAAAUAUUCAUGUUCUUCAAAGAUGUCUCUCUAGGUCCCCAUGAAAAUCAGUUGCGCUUCCGGCUCAUUCAUUUCUGGGAGGCUCGAAAUCCGGUGAAGAAGAAACUUAUUGGCCUGGAAAUGCUCCUCAUCGACGAGCAGGUAUCUCGAUUCUCUUAAAAAAAUGUUUUCAAAACGCAGAUCUUUGUUUUUCUGAGACUUUUCUGACGUUUCUUUAAACUUUUAAGUAGAAUCUACGGUUUUGAAUUUUGACGUUUUAUUAUACGAUUGAUUCAUUAGUUAAAGUAGAGUUUGGUUAGAAGAAUCUAGAGUUAGAGUUUGGUUGGAAGAAUCUAGAGUUUCGAUUAGUAUUUUUGACGUUUUGUUAUACGAUUGAUUCAUUAGUUAAAGUAGGGUUUGGUUUCUGAUUUGUUAUUAUUCGGAGGUUUUGUUCUCAUUUCGUGAGUUGUUAUUUUUUCCGACAACAGGGAACCGUCAUUCAGGGAUUCAUCUCACCAGGACGUAUCAAGAAGUACUUGCCUGAUUUGAAACAAGGAUCAGUUUACACGCUCAAAAACUUCUACGGGUCGAGAAACAAAACGAUGUAUCGGGUUGCUGAUCAUAUCGCAACUGUGUCUUUCACAUGGAACUCUGAAUUGUCGGUUCUUUACGAGAUUCCAACCUCUUUUGAUGAAGACCGUUUCAGGUUUCAUUCGUAUGAAGAUUUUGAAGCUAACUGUGAUCUCAAAGGUGACCUCUACGAUGUUGUUGGCCACAUGAAGUUGGUCAAUGGACAGACUCUUAUUGAGCGUCCCACACUCGAUGAAGUGAAGAUCGAUACCACUCGGCACAUUAUGGUUCAUGUGCAAUCGCAUGACGGACCUGUCAUGAAGCUCUAUCUUUGGGACCAGGCUGCAGCAGACUUCUGCAAGAAGUUUAACUCAUAUGACAACACUCCCACGGUGCUUUUGGUCACAGCUGUUAACACCAAACGUCUCGGAGGUACCCUUGCACUGACCUCUAUGUCUCCCACACGGGUUUUCAUGGACUAUGAUGUCCAGCCAACCAUAGAUUAUUUCAACUGGUAUGUAUCUCCGUCUUCAAUAUCUAUUCUAUACGGGUUCAUGUGAAGCGCACAGUUAGAUGUAUUGUAGUGAAUGACUGAAUCAAUGUUUUUUAUUGUGUGUUAGGCUCGGCUCAAACCCGGAGAUUGCUAUGCAAGUAAGUGCAGACGUCGUCACCAAGCGUGAGACACUGACUAUAGCAGAUAUAUUCUCUUACAUGAAGCAAGAAUCUGCAAAGGUAAAAAUAAAGCUAUAUACUUCUUACUCAUUUUGAAACACUAAGAUUUUAAUAUGAACUGCGUAUAAACUGUCGCAGGAUGCCUUUUUUGAGUGAACUGCUACAAUCGAUGAUGUUGUUCAUGGUUCAGCUUGGUACUAUAUUGCAUGCAGUGGAUGCCAUGCUAAGGCUACCAAAGGUGCAACAUCUUUGGUUUGUACAAACACGAAAUGUGAGAAGAUCAACACAGCUGGUGUUCCUCAGUAUGGUCUCUUGCCUGAACAUUUAAUUACACUUUCCCUGGUAUUUGCUUCUGCUUAUUACAUUGGUGACGUUUCCUUCUGAAUCUUUCUUAACAGGUAUCGUGCAAAGAUAUCUGUUUAUGACAACAGUGACCAAGCUGUUUUUGUCCUACUUGGUGAUGCUGGUCGUGUGUUGACCGGUGAUGUUAGGAGUUUUCAAGGCUCCUAAGACAAAUGUUGUAGUAUAAAUGAUUGUCGAACCAGUUCUGAGGGAUAUCAAAGCACUGAGAAUGCAAGUACUCACUUAAUCUAAGUGCAACCAAUGAUUUAGAUGGGUUUUAAACUAUGACUAAAAC